AUGCCUCACUUAAUACACGUUAUUGACGUUGAAAGUGGAAACUUGCAGUCUCUAACCAAUGCUAUCAAGUACAUAGGCGAUUAUGAAGUAGAAUACAUCCACAAUGGGUCUGAAUUCGAGCAGAAAAACUCAGAAAUAGAAAAAUUGGUGUUUCCUGGAGUAGGUAAUUUCGAUCAUUUUGUCAAACAGGUCCACUUAAGAGACUUAUUGACUCCAAUCAGGGAGUACAUUAGAAGUGGACGUCCCCUAAUGGGAAUAUGUGUCGGCUUGCAAGUAUUUUUUAGUGAAAGUGAAGAGGGAGUGAGUGAUUACCGUGGAUUGGGCUACAUGAAUAUGAAGCUCCAAAAGUUUGCUUCUUCAGAUCCUAUAUUUGAGCUGAAAGGGUUGAAAAAAGCAGUUCCACAUAUUGGAUGGAACUCCGUAAAUGAAAUCAAUAUUCAAGGCAAACAGUUGGCUGCUGACGAAGCUUACUAUGGCAUGAACACAGUGAAUAAGUAUUACUUUGUUCACUCUUAUGCCGCAAUCAUUAACAGUGAAGAGAACAGAAGCCUAAUUGAAAAAGCUCAGUCUGAGGGAUGGAACUUUGCCUUUGCUAGGUAUGGCACGGAGAAAUUUGUCGCUGCCAUGGCUUUUGAAAAUUUUUUUGCAACCCAGUUUCAUCCUGAGAAAUCAGGAAUUGCUGGACUUCAAGUCUUGAAAUCCUUUUUGACUGGCAAGGUCUUCGAGCAAAACGUACAAUCCCAAGUACAAAAGGGGGAAAAGGCAAUAGUUUCAUCGUUGAGUGGUGUUACCAGACGUAUAAUCGCUUGUCUAGAUGUACGAACAAAUGACGAGGGUGACUUGGUUGUCACAAAAGGGGACCAAUAUAACGUGCGAGAAAGCAGUGGCGAAGGGAACAGCGUAAGGAAUUUGGGAAAGCCAGUGGAAUUAGCCACACGUUAUUACAGACAGGGGGCUGACGAGGUUACAUUCUUGAACAUCACUUCUUUCAGAAAUUCUCCUAUCAAAGAUCUUCCGAUGUUAGAAGUAUUGAAACUAGCAGCAAAAGAGAUUUUCGUACCUCUUACUGUGGGCGGUGGAAUAAAGGAUAUGACUGACCCAGAAACUGGCCUGCUCGUGCCCGCUGAAAAGGUAGCAGAUCUUUACUUCAGAUCUGGUGCUGACAAGGUAAGCAUCGGCUCAGAUGCGGUCACUAUCGCAGAAAAGUACUACCAGAACAAAGGCGUGAAGUCCGGUGAUUCGUCUAUAGAGAGAAUUUCUGCUACCUUCGGCAAUCAAGCGGUUGUUAUUUCCGUUGAUCCCAAACGCCGGUACGUUCUGUCGCCAUCAGAUACAACGAUGCAAGUUGUGGAAAUUACCGACGGGUCAAAGUAUGGUCCAAAUGGUGAGCGUUUUUGCUAUUAUCAGGUUACCUCUCAAGGUGGAAGAAAGGUUCAUGAUUUGGGUGCGGUAGAACUCUGCAUAGCUUGCGAGGAUUUGGGAGCAGGUGAAAUAUUAUUGAAUUCCAUCGACCACGAUGGAUCGAACAAAGGGUUCAACUUUGAGCUUAUCAACCAGGUUAAGAGAGCCGUAUCAAUUCCUGUUAUCGCUAGCUCUGGUGCUGGAAAUCCCAAGCAUUUUCAAGAAGUGUUCGAGCUUGAUUGCAAUGUUGAUGCAGCAUUGGGCGCUGGUCUUUUUCAUCGGGAGGAAUACAAAGUAAAUGACGUUAAGGAAUAUUUACAAGAAAAGGCAGGUAUGGAUGUUAGAUUAGAAUCUCGAUUCGAUAUUUGA